AUGCCCUUCUUCAAACCAGACGACGAUAGCCCUUCCCUCUUCUACGUUCUCGACGGCCCAAGCGACGGAACCCCCAUCCUACUCCUCCACGGCUGGACCUGCGACCUGCACGACUGGAUCUUCCAAGUCCCCUUCCUAAAUGGCCUGGGUUUCCAAACGAUCGCCGUCGAUCAGAGAGGCCACGGCCACUCCUCCGUCCCAGACUCCGACUACGAGGUGGAGACAUUCGCCAACGACGCCGCACGUCUCCUGGAGCACCUGAAGAUCCCCAGCGCCAUCGUCGCCGGACACGCGAUGGGGGCGAUCAUCGCAUCAUGGCUGGCCGUGCAGCAUGCGGAGAAAGUAAAAGCCCUCAUCCUCGUGGACCCAAUUUACUCGAACCCGGCCGAGUAUGCGGACAAAUACCUGGCCACGCCUAUCCUUGAUCUUGAGGCCCCGGAGGACAUUCGGCUGAUCUUCAAGGAUUGGUUCUACCCGCCUGAGACGCCGAAGUGGUUGAUUCAAUGGCAUACUGCGCGCGCGGCUGGGUUGCCGUUUCACGUCAUGAAGGAUUGUACUACCGGGCUCUUCAGAUCAGGUCGGAGUCUGGCGAAACGAGAGAAUGCGACGGCUCAUUUUGCGGACCGCGGUUGUCCGCGUUUGGUUGUUGGGGGGUCUUCUGAGACUGUUUCUUUGGACGAGGAAUUGCCCAAGACUUCCAAGGAUAGGAUUGAGGUACUGGAGGGCGGGCAUUUUCUGCAUCAGCAGCGGAGUGAGGAGUUCAAUGGGAUAGUUCGGGAUUGGUUGGCACAGAUAGAUCUUCUACCUUAA